GGUCCAUGUCCAUACUUCUGUCACUGCACUGUCCGAAUUGUUCUUUUUUGAGAUCUGACAGUUCCCUAAUUUCAAAAAAAGAAUUCGUAUUUUCAAAAAGUGUGCAGCAAAUAGCACGUACUUAAUCAGCGAUUAAUUGCUUGAUAAAUAAUAUAAAUUGGUGCAAUGGCAUUCUCCAUGUUCCUUAGAAACCCAGCAUGCACAAACCUAUUGAGACAGCAGUUAGCACAAAUAGCAUCCCAGCCCACGUUGACACACCGUUCCGUCACCAGUGCUGUGGCCAUCAGAAGUUUAGCGUUCAAUGAUACCAAAACCCCCAUUCUAAAUUCUGUGCGUUCAUUCCGCACAACUCGGGUACGUCUAUCAGAUGAAAAGCCCCAUGACCACUCGAAGCUAUGGGUGAUAGAGAGGGCUACAUCUGCAGCGCUGGUGCCUCUCAUUCCACUUGGCCUGCUCAUGCCAAACAAGAUCAUUGACGCGGUACUGGCGAUACUCAUCACGGCCCAUAGUUUUUGGGGCCUGGAGGCGAUCGCUGUUGACUACGUACGAGCAGCAAUUUUAGGCCCUGUUAUACCCAAAAUUGCCAUCGGGCUAGUGUAUCUGCUGUCCAUCGCGACCCUUGGUGGUCUGUUCUACCUGAUCAGUCACGAUGUUGGUCUGGCCAACUCUGUAAGGCAACUGUGGGCAAUCAAGUCCGAACAGAAGGCGUAACUUGACCAGAACAUAGUUGGUAGUCGCUUAAGGCGAAAAUCGCUUGAACUCGGCCCUUUGUUUUCGAAGGGAAUUCUAACAAUUAUUGAGAAUUUGUGCAAACGAUUUUCGACCGUAAGUGCCAAAACACCAACUUUGAUUUUAACUACGCUUGGCUAUUGACGCAUUUGAAUCUUAUUCAUAUUGGUAUAGUUUUAAUAUUGUAGCACUUUAAAACCAUAGUGGACGCAAUCGCCUCUAAUACGAACGAUCGAAUUUACGAACAUAAAGAAACAUUAUGAAUUUGAACUUUAUGUCGAACCUGUUAAGGUUUGCCAAUAAGGUGUACUUUCGUUUCAAACCGUUGUCUAACUUAUAUAUAUAUAUAGCCCCUCAAAAAUUACAAUACAAAAAAUAAUGUUGUAUUGUAUCGAUAUGUCCAACGAAAAGUAUUGUAGUUAGGUAUUUUCUUUUAAUAUUAUAUUUUGAAUUAUAUUAAUUAGGUUUUCGGUGCAUAACU